UUGAUGAUGAUCUAACUUUAUGACGAGUGACAGAGGUUAUUAUGGCUGAUAAAGGUGAAAUGAAGAGUGAAGAGGCGGAUCUGUCUGCUGACAUCAAAGACUGGAGUAAACAUCAAGUGAGACUAUGGGCACUCAAGAAAGCUGCUGUGGAUGACAAAUUUGCCGAUAUUUUGUUUCAACAGGAUAUUAAUGGGUCCAGUCUUUUACUUUUAGACAAAACAGACUUAAUGGAUUUAGGUGUGACUCUAGGACCAGCAAAACUUAUCAUUCAUGCCAGAGAUGAGCUGUUGAAAUUUAGAAAAGAGCACCCUCCAGGCACUAUAAACCAGUCUGGAGGAUUAUGCAAGCCCUAUCCAUUCCAAAGAUAUCAUGAUGCUUGUAGAUACAUGGAGAACAGCAUUCUUGAUGUUCCAGAAUCAGGCGCCUCAGACUAUAUUGAACCCUGCCAUGAGUUUAAAGGUUUCAUCAGUGUACCAGAUGAAAAUAAAAUGUGUAAGUUCACUACUGAUGUUAUUCGCUUUGCAGCAGCCUGCAUGAAUAGCCGCACGAAUGGCACCAUACAUUUUGGGGUUGGUGACAAACCAGACUUCACCCAUGGUGAAGUAUUGGGAGUGGAUAUUAAUGACAAAGAGGCUUAUGAAAAGGAACUGAAAAAUGCAAUUGAGAACUAUUUUGAACAUAAACACGAAGAGGCAGCAAAAAAGUGCAUCAAGCCGCCUCGAUUUGUUGGGGUUCUCAAUAAGGAUAUGACAUCAUCUCAGAAGUAUGUGAUAGAAGUGGACAUAGUGCCUAACUCUACAAUCUGUGAAGAGAACAGGUACUUUGUCAGCUUGGCUUCAAAGAAAGGAAAGAAGAAGGCAAAAGGCAAAGAAACUGAUCCACAACAGUCAAAAUUUUUCUAUAUCCGUGAUGGCAGCAGUACCAGGAAUCUAUUUCCGUCAACCACCUCUGCAGGAUCUAUGGAGGAGUUCAACAAAUUUGUUGACAGUGUGGCACAGCUGUCACAACUCCGGAAACAAGCAGAAGAGAAGCACCUCAAAGGGGUUAAAAGCACUGUUCAAGGCUCUAGACUAAGUCAAAUGAUUACAGGUGGAACUCAGUCAUUAGACCAGUCACAUUUUGAGCAGUAUGUAAUAGUAACAAACAAAUCACAUCCAGGCCAGUUAGAAUCACUCACAUUUCUUCAAGAGCUCAAUCCUGCAGCUGUUUUGGACUUCGAUCCAGAAUCAACUAAAAAUGGUUUGCAGCAGCACUUUGAAGAGCUAAGUACAGUAAAUGUCCAUCUUCCAAUAAAGUAUAAAAUCACAGAAGGUGUUGAAGACAUUGCAAGCAAGUUGAAAUUAACUAGAAAUACCAGCUGGGUGUUGUGCAAUGGAGGUGUUGAGGAUGAGGUACCAUCAGACAUAGAAAAUUGGCUGAUAGAGAAGGGAGCCUCCGUUCGAGAUGUGAUUUCAUUCUUAUGCCGUAAAGAUGUGCUUCCAAGCAAGAGAUUCCUUGUUGUUUUCUUACUUUUGUCUACUGUAAGCGAGAAGAUGGAUCCUCUUGUAGAGACUUUCAGUAUAUUUUGGCAGGAGCUCAAAGGCACAGAGCAGAUUCUUUGUAUCUGUGAAAAUGAAAAAGCAUUUACCUACUGGAAGGACCUUAUUGAGGCUCGUUGUGGAACCAACAUCUCCAGAAGAUGCAUUUAUGAUCUCAGUUUCGCUGAAGUCAAUGGCACCAUCCUCAGUCUUUUGUCAGAAAAUCGCAGAUCCAAGCAUUUCCUGCCUUGUGGUGGAGGUAGCAAAGUGCUGUUUGAAAAGAAAGUGGAGCGUAGCCUGAAUACCUUAGAUGUCCUGUGUGUGAACCAGUGUGAAGGAGGAAAUGAGAACAAAAUUGUCAUAGAGGAGAACUUCUACAAAGGAGGAAAAGUGUCAUGGUGGAAUUUCUUUUUCUCUGAGCAGCCUGGGUCCACACCUUUUAUCAAGCGGGACCAGUUUGACUUCAUCAUGAACACAGUCAUACCAGAUUUGAGCUCUUUGAGAAAAGCCUGUGUAUUAUUCAGCCUCAUGCAUGUGCCUGGAUGUGGUGGGACAACUUUAGCCAUGCACACUCUAUGGGCUCACAAAGACAAGUUCCGUUGUGCAGUUCUGAAAGACAGCAAUGCUGACCUAGCCGAAGUUGCUACUCAAGUGGUCAAACUUUUGAGGGAUGCCCAUGAAGAGCAGUUACCAAGAGUCCCUGUUUUGCUUAUGAUAGAUGACUUUGAGGAUAUGGACAAAGUAUUUGACUUGCAGCAGCUCAUUGAAAAAGAGUGUGUGACACAUGACAUUCAGUCUGGGUCUCCACAGGUAAUUCUACUGAACUGCAUGAGAUCAGAUUCUUCAGAGCAGACUGAAACAACUGAAGAAACUGUAUUCAUUGGCAAUAAACUCUCUGAGAAGGAGCAGAAACAGUGUGAGCAAAAACUUAAGGAAAUAGAAAAAACACACAAAGAAAAUCUUGACACAUUCUAUGGAUUCAUGAUCAUGAAGAAGAACUUUUCACAAGAAUACAUUCAGGGUGUGGCACGCAACACCCUGAAGAGCUUCAACAUCAAUCAUAAACAUGCACAACUCAUUGCUGUCUUAGCUCUGUUGAAUGUAUAUUGCAAGGGUGCCUCACUCUCUGUCUCUCUGUGUGAGGAAUUUCUAGGUCUUCAACCAAAAGCAUUAUGUGGAUCUGACAGAUUUGAAGAUGGAUUUGGAUCAUUUUCCACUUUAAUUUCUGCCAUCACAGUUGAGGCUAAGGUCGUAUUUAAAGCUGUGAAAAUGAUCCAUUCAAGUAUCGCUCAGCACUGCUUGCAAGAACUUGCAACAACACACAAUGUACAAAUAGCUGACAUUGCCAAUUUACUGCUAACCACAGACAGGUUUUAUGAGAGCACACAAGGCAAAGACAGUCUCAUGCAAAAUGUUCGCUGCAUGUUGGUGAAGAGAUAUCACUCAAAGGAGGAGGAAUCAACCUUCUCUCCACUAAUUCAGGACAUUGCAAAACAGUCACAGGGACUGGAAGAGAUAGUGCUACUGGAUGCAUCUAAAAGAUUUGAGAGAGAUGCUAUUAUCUCUCAGUUACUAGCCAGGUACUAUUACCUAAAGAAGAGGGAUUUCAAAGAGGCUAAAGACUGGGCACGGAGAGCAAAAGACCUUAACCCAGAGAACUCCUAUAUUACAGACACAUCAGCACAAGUGAUCAAACAUGAGCUAAAAAAUGCCAUUGCAGAGGACAAAGAACUACCUUUUGAACCAGAAAAAGUUCAAAUUUACCUCAAAAUGGCUCGAUCAGCAAUGGAUGCAUUCAAGGAACAACACAACCUUGCAAAGAAAGAGUCAAUGCAGCGAUUUCAGAACAGGAGAGACAUGACGCCUUUCAAUACUGCAGGGUGCCUGGGAGAAAUUCAGGUUGGAGUAAUUGUCAUUGAAAUACUGGAAAAGACACACAUAUUUUCUACAGGCAGUGUCCGUCAUGACAUAAUGAGUGGUGUUCUCUCUGGUGAUCUUACUAUUCAGAAAGUAGAGGAAGGGGAUCGCAAUCGUAAGAACAAGUCCUACUACUCUGUUCUCAGGCAGUUUGAGGACAUACUUUGUACCCUUAAAGAGAGGCUGAAGUUAAACUUUGACUUUCUUGACAAGUUUUAUGUCAACUUGGGCUCCAGAUGUGGAAUGAAAGACACUCGUGAGCAAAUAGCCAAAAUAGAGUUUUUCAGAUGUUUCAAACAGUAUGCAGAUCUAUUCUGCAAAACAGAUUCCACAAAUCUGAAUAAUAAAACCAUGAACGUCAUGCUUAAGGUACACAGUGCAAGACGAUUCUUGGAGAUGCAAAAAGCUGAUACCUAUUAUGGGGUCUUGGAUUAUCUCUCUAAUCAAAAACCAACUGAAGUAAUGGAGAAGAUUGCCAAAACAUAUGAUUUUCUUCAGGGAAAUGGUUCUGGCUGCACUUUAAAGGAGAAGAUCAAUUUCAUCUAUGCCAAUGUUGUACUAAGUUGUAUCAAACCCCAUUCGCUGCAUCUUAAGCCAUUCAAGAAACUUUGUGAUUCCCUUGGCCAAAUUCUUGGUGGACAAAUCUCAUCAAGUGAGAGGUUGCCACUGCACUUCAUUGCAGUCGCACUGUUCUGGCCACAGCCAGGAGGAGAUCACCCAGCAUCUAAAAACCUGGGAAAGUUUGUAUCAUGGAUGAGGACCUUAUAUGAUGAAGACAUGCAGGGAGUGUGCAAUGGUAAGAGACCUGUUGUCCAUUUUCUCCUAGGGAAGAAAUAUGGCUAUGAGCGGAUGGUACACCUUGAGGAAAUCAGGAAGUGUGUUAAGGCUGGGCAGGAACAGUUUGCCACAAUGUGGGCAAAUGGCACAAUAUGGAAAGAGAAGCAGGUAGAGCAGCUGCUUUUCAGGGUAUCAGGUGUGGUGCAGGGCAGAUGUAUAUUGGCAGAUACCUCUAUCCCAGAUCUGAAGGUAGAAGUCGGCCCCAUGUUCCGAAGCCAGCUUAGUGGACGAGCAAAGGGGUCAAAGGUCUCAUUCUUCAUUGGCUUCUCAGUGAAAGGCCCGCUCGCCAUUGACAUUAACUGAAGCCUUGGAGCAGCCUGUUUAAAG